UCUUUGAUUUCACAUUUGAUUCAUUCAACUCGAUCGUUUCUCUAAAAACCAUAUAAACACACUUUCCUCUGCUCUUCCUCAAUCUGCAGCCACCAACCAUGAGCUUCUCCUAUCUCAUUCCUUCACAAAGAUCAUACUCUCAAGGCCAUGGCCACCGGAAAAACAGCUUCCGAAGGCGGUGUUUAACGAUCGUUAAGCAGCAGAAGACGAGGGUUUACAUCUUACGGCGUUGUGUUACUAUGCUUCUUUGUUGGCGUGAUCACAGUGUCUCAGAUUAUUGAUUCAAUUAAGAUUUAAGAAUGUUAUAUAUGUAUUUUAGAAGAUGAUGAUACCUCUCCAUGAGUUUUCCGGGGUGUACAAGAAUUGUCCAAGACUAUAUUAUACAAUGGAGAUUCUUCCGGUAAUUAGAAGAUUUUAGGACCUCGUCUAAUGUAGAUGGGUCCGGUUUGGGAAGUUUAUUAGAACCCUUUAGUGCGUCAAAAAGGAAAUUAUAUGGUGUACAUAUAGGCCUUAAAACAUUGCGGCCAGUGGAUGUCAACUAGCGUAGUUGAUAAAGUUUUACAAGGAUGGUAUUCAAGACUUGAGAUCGAAUCUCGUCUACAAUCUACAUCAUUUGCCCUAUAUGGCUCUCUCACCAUCAAAAAAAUCUUAGACUACGGCUUUUCGUAGUCGUGAAAAUGCACGUAUAAGUGGUAAUUUAGGCGUAUUUGACUAGUGUUCAUGAUGGUGAUGAUGUAACUCACAUUUUAUGUAGUUGAACACAAUGUCAUGAACGAAACAUUGAGCUAAUAGCUAGAAGUGUACUCAAGUUUGUCGAAUUUUCUACUUUGUUUCAUUUCUUAGGCUUGUAAGCUAGGUUCGAAUCUCACGGGGAGGGUUUGGCCGUGGUGAAGAACGAAAAGAAGUAACAAUUGGUUUAUGGGGUGAGGCCACCUUCCAAGAUAAACUUUUCAAGAAUGACGUAUUAGAUUUAUUUUGAAAUAAUAGAGAAACUUUAACUUUUGACAUUAUUUAUAAAUUUUAAUUUGAAUAUCAUUUAUGAUUUAUGGGUAAGGAAAAAUAUAGUCGUGUGUGGUAUUAUUCGAUUCGUCUCGAUAUAUACUUUGGCAAACGUGAAAAAGCAAAUUGUCCUCGUUAUUUUAAAA